AUGGAGGCUCUACGUAAGUUGCUCAUUGUUAUUGUUCAUAAAGGUCUUCCAUCAAGCUUCUUUGUUGGAUCUAGAAACUUUGAGGUGGUUAACAUUUCUCAUCUAUUGUUCGCGAAUGAUAUUUUGGUUUUUUGUGGGGAUAAUCCUAACCAUCUUCGCUAUCUACGUGUCUUGUUCUUGUCCUUUGAAACUGUCUCAAGUUUAAAGAUUAAUUUGGCAAAGUCUAUUUUGGUUCCUAUGGGUUGUGUGGAUAAUGUGGAUGGAUUGGCUAGUAUCUUGGGUUAUGGGGUUUCCUCUUUACCUUUAGAGUAUCUUGGUCUUCUGUUUAGGGUCUCUUUUAAGAUCAAGUAUAUUUGGGAGGGUAUUGUUGGAAAGAUUGAAAGGCUGUUGGCCAGUUGGAAGCGGAUGUAUCUGUCCAAGGGUGGUAGAGUUACCUUUAUAAAGAGCACUAUUUUCAAUAUUCCCACAUACUUCUUGUCUCUUUUCCCUAUUACUGCUUGUGUGGCAAAUCGUAUAGAGAAGCUCCAUUGA